GCCCCUUUAAGGGUUAUGUAGAGAGAAGGGCUGAUGUAGGACGACUCCUCUGUGUGCGCUGCCAUCCUCAUCAUGGCCUCCAAACAACCGCCGCUGCAACCGAGAAUGAGCACGAGCAGACGAGCUGUUGGCCCUUUCCUUCCCCGCGCGGAGACCAACAACGUUAAGCCGAAACAGAGGCACCGGUAGAGGGGUGCGCGCCGGGGGAUCAAGCCUCCGAGCUCAUGCCACCCCUGUCUCCUCGAUGUCUUCGUCAAAAGCCACUUACAGCCAUUUGACAAAGAGGGAUGCAAACCCGGGCGGCGGCAGCGCCGGCGGCAGAAACAUGAACACGAAUAGGGAUUAUUCUAUCAAUCUAUCGGUGCAGCAAGUGCUGAGCCUUUGGGUGCAAGGCACGACGCUGCAACAUUUCACAGAGAUGUGGUACUGGGUGUUCCUGUGGUGUCUUUUCUCCUCGCUCUUCGUCCACGGAGCAAUGGGCCUGCUCAUGUUAGUCAUGCUGCAGCGCCACAAGAGGGGUCGCCUCAUCACCCUGGUCCUGGUCAGCAUGGGCUUCCUGGCCUCCCUGGCCGGUGGGGUCAUCACCAGUGCGGCCGUGGCAGGGGUGUAUCGUGUGGCAGGGAAGGACAUGGCCCCCCUCCAGGCCCUGGUGUUUGGAGUGGGCCAGACCACACUCUCUGUAGUCAUCUCCUUCUCACGUAUACUGGCCACUCUCUGAAGAGAUGACUCUGCUACACGGACAGACUCAUUGACGAACAGACAGACAGGAGAGGAGAGAGGAAAGGGGAAGGGAGGGACAUGUUCGAUAGACAGGUUCACAUCCCACCAGUUACACAAGCAGUGACGGACAGCAACAGAGCCAAUGGGUGGCAGUUAACUGCAUGUAGUAUUUGAAGGAAAACAAACAGAGUCAAAUAGAAGAAGAGAGGAAGAUGGUGUCCCAGUCCUAGACGUCUAGACAUUUGGGGAUGGAUGAAUGUGGAAGAGUGCCCCCUAGUGUCUCUGUUCAGCCACUGCUACGUUCACUAGAGCUCCCUUUGCUACAAGGGACCUCUCAAUGCAGGCCUCACUUCUCUGUGUCAAAGAAACACACUUCCUUGGGCUCUCCACCAGUUGGCGAUGUCCGCAGACUCUGUCAAGUGUCAAGCCAGUGAAACCACAUCCUGGACUGAAAGCUAAUUUGAGGUUCUAUGUGCCGAUGUCCUCUGGGACUUAACUUCAGUGUUGUAAAGGGGAAUGCUUUCAUGGCCAUCUCUACAGACUGUUGAAGGCUUUCUGUCCCAUUUGUGGGGGGGGGGGCUCCUAAUUUUUUACAGUAAAGACAAACCACAGCAACCUGUAAUUAAUUGAACAAUUCAAGCCUACGGCCCUUGAAGUUCCACGGUAGGUUGAUGAGAUGGCCAGAACAAAAUUGCACCUGUGAAGACCCACCAUCAUUCUGACAUGCCUGAGAGGUUGUAAACCCAACGGUGAUGGUCAACCAAACUACCAUUCAGUGUUAAAAAAAUCUACCAACCACAAACAACUGGAUCUUCUGUCCUUAGAAAAUGAUAUCCUAAUAACCAUUCCUUCUUGUAAAGUAUUUUAACUACCACAGCAGGUUUUUUGUUUACAACACUCCAUAAUGCUUAACCUUUGCACUUUCUAAAUGUUGGUGAUCCACCUCCUUUACCUAAGAGGUGUCUAAAUAGGGUUGGUUGUUGAGGUUCUGUUGUUCAAGGUUACUAUGGAGAUAACCACUACCCUUGUUAAGGGCUCUGCACAGUCUAUGCAAACGGAGCCGACGUAGGUCCAUCAUUUGCGUUGACAGUGUAGAGCCCUUUAGAUGUUUGUCAAGUCUAGACCAGUCCAGGUUGUCCAACGGACUCUGAGGAAAUAGCAACUCUGACCAUGAACCUUGGCUGGAGAGGGUCAGAGUUGCUACUUGGUUCUUACAGGGUUUUAUGGAGGUAAACUAAUGUAUUAACUGAAGUAAAAAGGAAGAAUUGUCCUAGUAGUAGCAGCUGUAUUGCUUCUUGAUGAGUAUCUCUGAUAGAGUAUCUCUUGGAGGUUUUACUGUCUGUGUUGUGGUGCAGAUUUACUGUUAAGGUUUAGCGGUUGGAAUCCAGCCGCUACUUGGCUGUUGUGAUAACAAUGUUGUCCUGACUCCUAUAAAUCCCACUCCAUAGAGAGCCAUUCCUGGAGAAGGUCAGAGACUUAGUGUGCAUCCCAAAUGGUACCCUUUCCCUAUAUAGUACACUGCUUUUGACCAGGGUCAGUAGGACUAUAUAGGGAAUAGGGUGCCAUUUGGGAAGCAUCCUCUACUGCUGCUGAAACAGCCAUUUUCUAUGGCUCCCUGCCUUCCUCCCUGUUAGUUCUUGCUAAUCGUGUGUGUAUUGUUUGUGUUUUAAAUAAGUUAGACUUUGCAUAUUGCACUGACAACGGCCUGCCUUUAUUUCACACAGUUUGUUUUAUGAUAUUGGUCCCAGUGGGUGACCCAUAGAUCCAUAUAGAAUUGUAUACAGUAUGUCCCAUCACCAGUACACACAGUGGGUCCCAAAAAGCAGGUUUUCGUCCAAAAUGGCACCCUAUGCCCUUCAUAGUGCACCCUUUUUUGACCGUAGCCAUAUGGGUUUGAGAAACACUGCUGUGGUUUUGGAGGUGCUUUUGGGACUGCAGAGCAAUGUUUUUUUUGGGGGGGCCCUGUGGGACUAACCAUGAUGAAUGUGUUUGUGUCUGUCCUGUCCACCCUCUGGAACAGUUCACGUUUAUUAACCAACUAUAGGACAGGUCUUACUUGCAUCCCAAAUGGCACUCUGUUCCCUACAAAGUGCACUACUUUUGACCAGAGCCCUAUGGGGGAAUUUGGGAUGCACACAUUCACUCCUGGAAUUGAAGGGUUGCAAGGCCCACUGGUUUGCACCUUACAAUGUCAUUCAUUUUUAAUCAAUAGCUGACGAUAUCCCAUCUCUCAGUCACUUUCAUUUGUCAGUAAAUGACCGUGGACCAAUAAAACAAGGCCCUCUGCUGCACCCUAAACUAGGUGGGAAUACCACACCAGGCCCUCUCUGGAAACAAAGGGUUUGUUUUUAUGCCAAAGUACUUCAUUCUCACAUGUUAGCUUUAUUUGUUAAGGGUUCCUUACUUUUUGAUUGUUGUUAUUAUUGCUGAGAAAGUAUGAAUCGCUUUAAUUUCAGAACCAUUAUUUUGCACAAUGGCAUGAGCUGAGCUAAAUGGAUUUUAAAUCCCCAAACCCACAAAAAGUUAACAAUGUUUGCUUCAUUUUGGCUUAAUAUGAAAUUCCAGUGUGUGACCUAAUUGAGUGAUCUAAGAGUGUUUACCAAUGAAAGCUAUUGCUGUGUUUUUUCCUUAGUUAUGUAAUUGACACUACUUACCUUCAAUACCCAGUCAGCACAUCAGAGGGAGCCAGUUCACUGAGUAUUGAAUAAGUGAUAGUAGCAGCCAGUGUCAGUGGUGGAUUUGGAUUGAUACAGUAAUGAUCGUGGAUGUUGUAUAGAAGAAAAUACGCCUGUGGCAGUUUUUUGAUAUUGUCAAUUUGUAUUUCAAUUUGUAUUUGAUUCUAAAAUUAAUUACUGAGGCUUCCAGAUGGUCUGGAAAUGCCUGUGUUUGAUGAUUUGCCCAAUCUAAUAUGACUAUUUCUCAGAACUCUCUGAUUAAAGAAAAUACUUGGAUAAAACAAACUAUAAUCAGCAAAUACUAUUAAUGAUCAAAUUCCCCAGAUCAACUGAAUUCAUAUUGUAUUAGUAAGUUAUUACACUCAUUUUAAUAUUUUUGGCUUGAGUUCAGAGACCAAAUGUGAGUUAUUUCUGAUGGCUCUACAAUGCUGUCAUAGCGAUAUUAUCUAGAUAUGUCAAGAUUGUUUGUAGAGAAGUACCGAGGCGCAGCGUGAGUAUCGUUCCACAUCUUUAUUAAUAUGUGAAACCUCGCAAGACAUACUAUAAACAAAAUAACAAACCGUGACGACAGAGGUGCAACAUGCACUAACUCAAAAUAAGAUCCCACAAACAACAGGUGGGAAAAAACUGCCUAAAUAUGAUCCCCAAUCAGAGACAACGAUAGACAGCUGCCUCUGAUUGGGAACCAUAUCAGGCCAACAUAGAAAUGUAACAUCUAGAUUACCCACCCUAGUCACACCCAGACCUAACCAAAAAUAGAGAAUAAAAAGAUCUCUAAGGUCAGGGCGUGACAAUAUUUCUGUUUGUGAAUGAAACUGUGUUUGAGAGUUGGAUAUGGUGCAUAGGACUUGUGACAAGAGUGUUGUUGAUGUUCUACUGUAUGUCUGUGUGGUUGUAUAUGUGAGUGUUAUAACAUGUAUUAACUUAUUUUUUUAAAGAAGGGGCCUGCAAUACAAUUGUCAUUGCAGCAUCUGAAAUGCUUUAUCGAGUUGAGCAAAAAGGGUAAGGACCUUGUCAUAGGUGUAACACUGACUGACCCAGUGUGUUCAGAAAUGUAGUCUUACUGAGCAAUGUCUUACAUAAUGUGUUUUUAAAAUCUAAAAAGAAAUGUAAUCUACAAGGUGUUCACAACUACUUUUCUGCCAACAAACCUCCAAGCACUAUUCUUGUUGAGAGACAAAGCAGCAUAGCUUUUGUUGUUCAGAUCAGUGCACCAUGAUGCAUCGGCUAUUAAGGUAAAUAGAAUACAAAGUUUUCAUCAGAGGGAUAUGUACCAUGACAUGUACUGGAAACAUACAUAGACAUCAUGAUUGCGCCAUGGACAGUAUUUUGAUACCUAUAACAUGUAUUUGUGUAUACAGUCUAUUACCACAUUUCAGAACGUCAAUGUGUGUGCCAUGAAUUCAAAUGUUUGGAAUUUGAUGAGGAUGAGUAAGAAUUGGGUUGUCUGUUUUUGGUUCUAUCCCUGUGUGAUUGUCUUAAAUGUGGACGGGUAAUCCUCGGUUUACACUGCAAUAACUAAAAGGAACAUUGUGCAACGGGUGAUCCCUAUAGUUUUAAAUACCACCAACUGCCAUCUGACCAUACGAAGCCCUGUCCUACAAUCCUUCUCGCUGUGUUUCUCAUGAGUUUAUAGCCAAUGCCACCCCCUCAGUCCUCUCCAGUGUUGUACAAAAUGCCACUUACUUUCCACUGACAAGCCCCUCAUCAAUUGCAUGCGCCGUACAACUCGGAUAAUGUGUGUGAAUGGAUUUGGACAAUUCUUUAUAGACAAUGGUGUGUAAAACAAGUGACACAUGUAGAUAAUGUAUAAUAUGUUAUUUUUUAAUUUUGUACCAGCGAACCGCUGAUGUUUAUAACUUGCCUAUUUAUGUACAAAUGUUCUCCUGUACAUACUGAGCAGUCAGUUGAAAUAAAAUGUUUUACAGUUAAAA